UUGCCCGUUUCAGGAACCCUCCCUGUUUAAAUCCAUCUCGCUCUAACGAUCCUCUCCUCUUUCCUUCGUCUCCUCCUCUCGGGCUUCGCCAAGAAAACAAAAGCGGACGCGAUAGCGAAGGAGAGAUCAGGACGCUGAGAUAGAGCAAAGGAGUGACGAGAUUGAUAUAGCCUUCGGUCGAGAGGGGAAAGAAUGAUGCAAAUGCUUGGCUUUCGAGGGGGCUCGUCCUCCUCGUCCGCCUCUUCGUCGAAGGAGAAGGGGCCUCCGCCGCGGAGAUCCGACGCUGCUGCAGCUUCUCCGCCGUCCUCCUCGCCCGGCACUGUGGGGCCGGCGAGGCCUCUCCGCCUCGUCUACUGCGACGAGAAGGGGAAGUUCCGGAUGGACCCGGAGGCCGUCGCCACCCUCCAGCUCGUCAAGGGCCCCGUCGGCGUCAUCUCCGUUUGCGGACGCGCCCGGCAGGGCAAGAGCUUCAUUCUUAACCAGCUUCUAGGAAGGAGCAGUGGAUUUCAAGUGGCUUCUACUCAUCGACCAUGCACUAAGGGGCUUUGGCUAUGGAGUGCACCACUAAAGCGAACUGCUCUUGAUGGCACUGAAUAUAAUCUUUUACUGUUGGAUAGCGAAGGAAUUGAUGCCUAUGAUCAAACGGGGACUUAUAGUACACAAAUAUUUUCUCUGGCAGUUCUGUUGUCAAGCAUGUUUAUCUAUAACCAGAUGGGGGGUAUAGAUGAAGCUGCACUUGAUCGUCUAUCUCUAGUCACUGAAAUGACUAAACAUAUUCGAGUGAGAGCAUCUGGAGGAAGAUCCACAGCAUCUGAGCUUGGGCAAUUUUCUCCAGUCUUUGUUUGGCUAUUGAGGGACUUUUAUUUAGAUUUAGUAGAGGAUAAUAAGAAAAUCACCCCACGUGACUACUUAGAGUUAGCGUUGAGACCUGUGCAAGGUGGAGGAAGGGAUCUAUCUGCUAAAAAUGAGAUUCGGGAGUCCAUUCGUGCUCUUUUCCCUGAUAGAGAGUGUUUCACACUUGUGCGACCAUUGAACAAUGAAAAUGAUCUCCAACGCCUUGAUCAAAUCCCUUUAGAUAAAUUGCGGCCAGAAUUUAGGUCUGGCCUUGAUGCAUUCACAAAUUUCGUCUUUGAGCGAACCAGACCUAAACAAGUAGGAGCAACUGUAAUGACAGGUCCUAUUCUUUCCGGUAUUACACAAUCAUUUUUGGAUGCCAUCAACAAUGGUGCUAUACCUACAAUAUCCUCCUCAUGGCAGAGUGUCGAAGAAUUUGAAUGUCGCAGAGCUUAUGAUUCGGCUGCUGAUAUAUACAUGUCUUCUUUUGACCGCACAAAACCGGCAGAAGAGGCUGUUCUAAGAGAAGCGCAUGAAAAUGCUGUUCAAAAAGCUCUAACUGUUUUUAACACCACUGCUGUGGGAGCUGGCUCAGCUCGUCUGCAUUAUGAAAAGCUUCUCUAUAAUUUUUUCAGAAAGGCAUUUGAGGAUUUUAAAAGAAAUGCUUUUAUAGAGGCAGAUUUGCUCUCUUCAAAUAUAAUACAGAGCAUGGAAACAAAGUUGCAAGAAGCUUGUCGUGUUCCUAAUGCGAAACUUGAUGAUGUGAUUCAGUGUUUGGACAGUCUGCUCUCCAAAUACGAAUCAUCUUCUCAUGGGCCAGGAAAAUGGCAAAAAUUGGCUGCUUUUCUGCAGAAGUGUUUGGAGGGUUCAAUACUGGACCUUUUCAGGAGGCAAUUAAAUCAAAUUGAAUCAGAAAGGAGCACUCUUAAGUUGAAAUGCAGUUCAAGUGAAGACAAAUUGGCAUUGCUUAAGAUGCAACUUGAGGCAAAUGAGAAACACAGAACUGAAUAUCUGAAGCGCUAUGAGGAAGCCAUAAGUGACAAGGAAAAAUUUUCCAAAGAUUACUCUGUUCGUAUUUUGGAUUUGCAGAACAAACAUAGCAAGUUAGAGGAACGUUGUUCAGGAUUACUUAAAGCUCUUGAUCUUGCUAAACUUGAAUCCUCCGAUUGGAAAACUAAAUAUGACCAUAUUCAUUCAGAGCAGAAGGCUAAGGAAGAUAAGUUCAAGGCUCAACUUGCCACUCUGGAGUCCAGACUAAGUUCUUCUGAAGGGAGACUAGCUGCUGUUCGUGAACAGACACAUUCUGCUCAGGAAGAGGCAUCGGAAUGGAAGAGAAAAUAUGAUAUUGCCAUCGGAGAAGCUAAAACAGCUUUGGAGAGAGCAGCUUUAGUGCAAGAACGCACUAAUAAGAAAGCACAAGAAAGAGAAGAUGCCUUGAGGGAAGAAUUUGCUGACCAGAUAGCAGAAAAGGAAAGGGACAUUGCCAAUUUGACCGCAAAGAUUGACCUUUCAGAAAAGCAUGCAAACAGUUUGGUCUCACAAUUGGAGGCUGCAGAAUCUAAAUUGAAGAGCCAGGAGGCGGAAUCUUUGGCCUUGAAAAAUGAAAUGAAAACAUUAGUUGAGAACUUGAGUUCUGUUAGAACUAUAGCUCAAUCUCAUGAGAAGCAAGUCAAAAUACUGGAACAAGAAAAGAAUCAUCUUGAGGAGAAAUACCUUUCUGAAUGCAAGAAAUUCAGCGAAGCAGACAAGAGAUGUAAAGAUGCGGAAAGGGAGGCAAAGAGAGCAAUUGAGUUGGCUGAUUCGGCUCGUGCUGAAGUGGUUGCUUCUCAGAAGGAGAAGAAUGAAGCUCAGCAGUUGGGGAUGGAAAGAUUGACAGUAAUUGAAAGAACUAAAAGGCAGGUUGAGAGCCUUGAGAGAGAGAGGACUAAGCUGAUGGACGAACUUGAGAGGCUGCGCCGAUCUGAGAUGGAUGCAAAUUCCAAGGUCACAUCACUUGAGGGAAGGGUCAAUGAAAGAGAGAGGGAAAUUGAGGAAAUGUUGAGUCAGAGCAAUGCACAGAGGUCCAACACAGUCCAAGUUCUUGAGGGUCUUUUGGCAACAGAAAGAGUGGCUCUAGCAGAAGCCAACAACAGAGCGGAGGCGUUGUCGGUGCAGCUUCAAGCAACUCAAGGCAAACUAGAUGCACUCCAGCAGGAGCUGACUUCGGUUCGGUUCAAUGAGACUGCACUUGACAGCAAGCUCAGGACUGCUCACGGGAAGCGUUUGAGGGUGGAGGAUUGCCUGGGCACUGAAUCUGUCCACAACAUGGACGUUGAUCAAGAGGUGGUUAGGGGCAGAAAAAGAUGCAAGAGUACCACUAGCCCCUACAAUUAUACUCCCACAGAAGAUGGUGGUUCUGUUUUCAUAGGGGAAGAAGAUAGAAAUGAGAAUGAGGAAAAUCACAACACGGAAGCUAAAGAUUAUGCAAAGUUUACUGUGUUGAAACUGAAACAGGAGCUCACGAAGCAUGGAUUUGGUUCACAACUGUUACAGCUAAAAAAUCCCAAUAAGAAGGACAUCAUUGCCUUGUAUGAGAAGCAUGUCCUGAAAAAAUAGUUAAUUUUGGGUGUGACUGGGUCUCUAACACAGCUUCAAAUGCAAAUGGAGAUGUUUGGCAAAACAAUUCAGGUCAGUUUAGUCUUUUGGGUAUGUCAUCAUCCACGAGGUUAUGUUUAACUUAGUUUUUUUUAUGGUAGUCAUCUGUAAUUACACUCAGUUGCUUUAAAAUGAUGCUCUCUCUCUCUCUCUCAUUUAUGGGCAUGUGUGCAUUCGCACUUUCUAGCUUUGUUAUGCAUUAAACAAAUCUUUGAGUUUUUUUUUUAUGGUAGUCAUCUGUAAUUACACUCAGUUGCUUUAAAAUGUUCUCCUCUCUCUCUCA